CACUACUGUUCCAAUAUAUGAUAACCUCAAACUAAAAUUUAAAACGUUUGAUAUUUCAAAAUUCCAGAGAAAAGAGAUUGUUUCAUUUACUUACUGAAAAAACUAAAGAGGAUUUAAUAAGCGUUAAAGUGAAAUAAAGAGCCAGGCUGUAUAUAAAAUGACUAUUCCGGCUUUGUUCCGUCGCACUAUUAUCAAUGGAACCAUAUAUUCAGCAGCUGCACUGAGAUUUGCUUCUACAGGCCCUGAGAAAAGGGUGUUUUUUGACGUAACAGCUGAUGGCGAACCUUUGGGCCGCAUUGUCAUGAAGCUGAACAACGAUGAGGUCCCUAAGACUGCUGAAAAUUUCAGAGCAUUGUGUACCGGGGAGAAAGGCUUCGGUUACAAAGGUUCCUCUUUCCAUAGAAUCAUUCCAGACUUUAUGUGUCAAGGAGGUGAUUUUACAAAUCACAAUGGCACGGGGGGCAAAUCAAUCUAUGGCCGUACUUUCAAAGAUGAGAACUUCAAGUUGAGGCAUACCGGCCCUGGAAUAUUGUCUAUGGCUAAUGCUGGUCCCAACACAAAUGGUUCCCAGUUCUUUAUAACUACUGCAGCCACUCCGUGGCUGGAUCAGAAGCAUGUUGUGUUUGGAUCUGUUGUGGAUGGUAUGGAUGUUGUGAGGAAAAUGGAGAAGCUGGGCUCUAGGAAUGGAAAAACCUCAAAGAAGGUUGAAAUUGCAGAGUGUGGUGAGUUAGACUGAAUAUGCCGUAUACUGUAGAUGUUGUUAAAUCAAAAUGUAGUGUUGUAUAAUAAUUAAUUAUAGGUAGUAAUCAGUAGAAA